AGCACUUUGAAGCGGCGCUUCAGGAUGUGAGACUUCGGUAUGCGCGUCGACGUUGGCGUGGCGAUAUGAUUAUGCUUUCUAAUGCCCUAUCUGCGAUGCCCGGGGAACAACAUGCUGCUCCCUGAUAUUUUAAAGACUUGGACCCGCUCCUGAGGCUCGAGGCGGCGUUUCAUCUGUGCACUCAGUCACGCGAGGCUCUUUCUAGUUGAGAUGUCUGGCAAUCUAUUCCUAAGCGCUGUCGCGACAGCCGCCUGGCUUUUUUUUCAACCGUGCUCAGCUCGAGCUAAUAUAGCACUAGCACCACCAGUUUGCUCUGAUGCCCCAACUAGCCAGACCUGGGACUAUAUCGUCAUAGGCUCCGGGGCUGGUGGCAUUCCACUUGCGGAUCGGUUGUCAGAGGCUGGGCAUACGGUUCUCCUUUUAGAAAAAGGUCCGCCUUCGACGGGCAUCUGGGGAGGCACCCUGAAACCCAAAUGGCUAGAAAACUCGACGCUGACGCGUUUCGACGUACCUGGGCUGGCCAACGAGAUUUGGUUCAACCCGACCGGCGUUGUAUGCACGGAUGUAGACCAGAUGGCAGGCUGUCUGCUGGGCGGUGGCGUAGCCGUCAAUUCCGGCUUAUGGUGGAAGCCGCACCCGGCCGAUUGGGAUCAUAGCUGGCCGGAAGGCUGGAAGAGCUCGGAUCUAGUCGACGCGACAGAGCGAGUGUUUGAGCGGAUCCCGGGAACCACACACCCUAGUAUGGACGGAAAGCUAUACCUACAGCAGGGAUUCGAUGUGCUGGCUUCUGGGCUGAAUGCGAGCGGGUGGGAGUUCCUCGUGCCUAACGAACACCCUGACCGCAAGAGUCGUACAUUCGGUCAUAGCACGCAUAUGUUCUCCAAUGGCGAGCGAGGCGGGCCACUUGCGACGUACUUGGUCGAUGCGAGCCAGCGCAAGGAAUUCACGCUUUGGAUGAAUGCAACGGCGAGAAGGGUUAUCCGCGAAGGAGGUCAUGCGACUGGUGUCGAGAUCGAGUGCAGUGAAAAUGCCACAGGCCGUGCCGGUGUAGUUUCAGUCACCCCUGGAACAGGCCGUGUCAUCUUGUCUGCAGGCGCGUUUGGUUCGGCAAAGCUCCUUUUCAGAAGUGGUAUUGGACCAAAGGACCAACUAAACGUCGUGAAGAAAUCGACGUCCGAUGCCGAGACAAUGAUAUCUGAGGAAUCCUGGAUUGACCUACCUGUAGGAUACAAUCUAAUUGACCACGUUGGGACCGAUAUUGAGGUUGCUCACCCCGAUGUCGUCUUCUACGAUUUCUAUGGAGCAUAUAGAAACCCCAUUGCAAGCGAUACGGAGAUAUACUUGAAGAACCGCACUGGUAUUCUCACCCAGGCAGCGCCUAACCUAGGUCCUAUCUUCUGGGAGAUCAUUCCCGGUGCGGACGGGAUAGACCGUCACUUGCACUGGCAAGCGCGGGUUGAUGGCUCUAGGAGAACUUCUAUGAUGAUCACUCAAUACCUUGGGACCGGAUCAACUUCAAGGGGUCGCAUGGUGAUCACACCUCAACUCAAUACCCGCGUGUCCGUACCUCCUUAUCUCCGAGAUGUCAACGACAAGGAGGCUAUCAUUGAAGGGCUCGAGAGGGUGCGUAAGUACUUCGCGCCCAUCUCCAACUUGACGUGGGUUCGGCCGACUUCGAGCCAGACGUCGAAGCAAUUUGUUGACUCGAUCCCUGUGAUACCAGCAGUGCGAUGCGCAAACCAUUGGGUUGGGACGGCCAAGAUGGGACUUGAUGACGGCCGAGUAGUCAAUGGCACAUCGGUUGUCGAUACGAACACCAAGGUCUACGGUACGGACAACCUCUUCGUUGUCGAUGCGUCAAUAUUCCCUGGGAUGAUGACGGGGAACCCAUCUGCGAUGAUCGCUGCUGCUGCCGAGCAUGCGGCGAAGAGGAUACUGGCGCUUCCCGCCUAAUAGAUGGCCGCAGCAAAUGAGGGGAUGAUCAAGGAGAAGGAUAAUACGAAAUAGCAUGGUUUAUUAAAAUUUGGUUAU